AUGGUUUCGGGUGAGGAACGCUCCAACACAUGUCUUGUCUUCGAUAUUAUCGCAGAGGGCCAGACGGAGGUCAGUGACACCAUCACCGACGAGAUCGAGUUCCUGAAGCAGAACUACGACGGCCUCGAGGUCGUGGAGCGCGAGGGAUUCUACCCGAAGGUGCUACUCACCCUCGAGGCGGAGUCAAACCCCAAGCGUCGUGUGGUGCUCGAGGUCGCCGUCGUUGCCGGCUACCCCUUCGUUGCCCCCAGAGUGCGGAUACGGCUCCCGGAGGGGGUCACGCCCGAGAGCGGCUUGGCGCUGGGGGAGUCGGAGGUGCAUCAGAUGCAGGCUGAGAUUCGCGAAGCCAUUAGCCCCUGCCUUCUCGCAGGCGCCCCUUGUAUAAUGCAGAUCAUAUCCGUGGUGGAACGGGUGCUGACGAGCGGCGUCCAAAGUUCGUGUACAACGCGGCAUGCGCAACUCGCCGACGCUGCGGAACUUCCACCUGCGCAGACGACGCUAAAGGCGCAGGAGGUUGUGAAGCUCUGCAUUCUCCUGCUCCAUCUGCUCAAUAAGUGCUGUCAUUUGAAGGAUCCGGAAUCCGUGGAAGAGGCCAAAGAUAACUUUCAGCUACUAGGUCAUUACUUAAUAAGUGACCUGAAGCUUAUGCCAAAAAAGCUGCUUAAAUGCAUACCUUGGAAGUACGAUUAUACCCUGCGCGCUUUUCGCGAAAAGGUCCGAGAAUCCAUGGAUGGAACUGACAAUGUUACUAAGUGGUUCUGGUCCCAAGAGGAGGGUAGUGGCACCUUUCAAAACAUUUCGCCUGGAAGAUACAUGAAUGAGUUUAUUCAGCAACGCAAGUUGGGCUCAGGCGGGUUUGCCCCUGUUUUUGUCUGCCGCAAAAAAGUAGAUGGUCGUCUGUAUGCCGUUAAGAAAAUUCUCACCAAAAAGGAUCAAUCGGAAAAAGUGCUAAGGGAGGUUCAGAGCUUGGCGGCCCUGAGUCACAAGAACAUUGUCCGCUACUAUGACGCAUGGAUGGAGCCUGGAUGCGACGAGGACCUGCGAAGCUAUGCUGUGCUUUCAGAGGAGGAGGAGGAGGAAAGCGGGGGAAGCCGCGAAGCAGUGGAUACUUCGCACCUGGGCGCUAAGGCGAAACGGAAGUCGUUUUGGACCGACAGCUCGGAGACGAGCAGUGAGGUCAAUGCAUCGAGUGAUGAAAGUUACUCCUGCGCCUCCUCAGACGACGACGACGACGACGACGACGACGACGGCGGCCCCCAGUGUGUGUUGAACACCCCACACAUUUCCCACUCCGAGGAGUAUCACACACUGUAUAUUCAAAUGGAGUUGUGCUCCAAGAAUACACUGCGGCACAUGAUUGAUGAGUCUGACAGGAGUGAAAAAAGCAUUUUUUCAUCUGAGAAUGGUGAAAAAAUGGCGGCACGAAUUUUUCGUCAAUUGCUGACGGUUGUGGCCCACUUUCACAGGGAAAAGAUCGUCCACCGUGACCUCAAGCCCGAUAACAUUCUCUUUGAAAUGGAGGAGUCGACGAGUGGAGGUGAAAUCGAGGACAUUCGCGUGGCGGAUUUUGGUUUGGCACGGACAAUGCCGUCAUCGGUCAAGCGAAAUCCCAGCAGCUUUACUCUGGAUGAGGUCAAUGCCCUUGCUGAGUUUGAGGCUGGCUCUUGCCCGACGGGGAACUUGGGAUCUGUUCUGUACUGUGCCCCUGAGCAAGAGCGCGGGGAGGACUACGACCUUAAGGUGGAUGAGUACAGCCUGGGCAUGAUGGCACUUGAGAUGUGGCUUGCUGUCGCAGGUAAAGGAUUUAGGGAGCGCUUUAAUAUUAUGACUGAGGUUAGCCGCGGUAAUAGGCUGCCGGAAUGGUUUUUAAAAUGGAAUCCGAGAAUGGCAAAUGUGAUUUCCAGCCUUAUUGAACGGGAUUCGAGCUCACGGUGCUCGUGUGAGGAGCUUCUCAUCACAGCCGAUCUCCCUGGCGACCCGGCGGACAUUGUGGAGGCGCUAGAAACGAUUGAGCGACACGGGGAACGUAUUACUGGUCGUGUACUUCACUGCAUUCAGAGGAUGAUGAUGACGCACUACCGCAAGCCCCCACCACAAGUAAAGGAGUCUACGAAGGCCCUAGCUAAUACCGUUUUGCUUGACCUCAUGCAGGCAGUUAACCUCAUUGGGUACCUGCACGGUGCCGUUCCCGUGGCCUGCUAUGAUUCAAUGAUUCCUAUGAAUCCCUCACUCAGUGAGUUCGAUGUUCCGUGUGUUCUUGACAUGCGUUCAAGAGUAUGGGCGGCCCCAUCACAGCCACAUCUUGCUAUAGCUUACUUUGUUGGUCACCUGGCGCACCCGCAUAUUGGCGCCUUCUAUCAGUUCUUUUACAGAACACGGCCCUACGCGGUGUUUACAACGCCGUUGUGCCCAUCUGGAGUUGUGGAGGAAGCCAUGCUUGAUCCGAUGCUCUCCUUUCUCCACCUUCUGUCCGUCUUUGACUUGAACACCAAACUUGACCUCAUUGUCUCCCACGCCCACUGGUUGAAUGCGACGUAUCCGCGCGCGGCCAGUCCAAAGGCUUCGUUUGAAGAUUUAACGAGCUUGGGCAGUCCGAUUGAGUCAAGUGACCUGAUUCUGCCGCUUGUUUCUAAGAUGGAUGGGACCUUUGUUGAGGCGGGUCUAUUGAGGCCCUCGUGGGAUCGGCUGGAAUCCGUGCGAGUCUUCACCUCCUUCUUACUUGAGUUGUUGCCUUUGUAUGGAAAGCAGGUGGCCUCAAACGUCAGCCUAAGCAUUGAUCCUGCCUUGAAGCCAAGUGAGACGUCUGUGGAUAGGGCAUUUCUCGAGCACGGGCUCAUUCUCGAAUGUCGUACGCAGGGAGAAGGUAGGCCAGUGGCAUUUUUCUGCAACCUUGAGAACUUCACGGGUAAGUGCCUUGCAAGAGGGUCCGAGAUGCCUGCGGUCAGUUUGAGUGUCGAUCUUCUUGAACUGGGUGCGGUGGGCAAGCACGUCCGCUUCCAACAGAAGUCGGUGCUACUUAGCGGGGUGGGAAUUAGCCGUCAAGACGUUUAUUCGCCGAGUCAAAUGAGCUCCGUCAUCGCCGCCGCUGUGAAGGUGUGGAGUGGCAACAUACGGGCCUGUCUGCGCGUGGAUCAUGACACUCGUGCCUUUUGCAAGGCCAUGAAGACAAGAAAUUUGUCCAUGGUGUUACUAGACGGGGUCCGGUUUGCGUCGCUCGAGUCCUUGCAGCACGGAAAGGUGCGCAUUCGCAAGGAUGCCAUCCCCGGAGAUUUGUGCAUGGCCAUACGGAAGCUUAGCGGGGCGGAGUUGAUGGACGACGUUCAGCCAAGGGAGCCUGCAAUAUUUCUCAGGGAGGAGAAGGCAAAGACUUUUUCUGCGGAGGAGGCCAGCGAGAUUUACUCCAUUAUUGUGAAAUCCAUCUCACACAUCCUGGUGGUGGACUCGGAGGCGAAGACGGUGGAGUGCAGCCUCAAAAAGCUCAUGGGGCACGCGACGACCACGACGACCGAGGCGGAUACCCCCAAAGCCACUGAACUCAGCAAGUGGAUUAAGAGCAACAUGUCGGCGCACGGUGUGCUGCCUAUUUUUUCCACCCAGGACAGGGUCGUGUCCUUCUUUGUGAACCAGAAUAUAUUCCGCCGCAUAGGCCACAACGAAAGCGGGAGGAGGAAGAAAUAG